GCAGAGAAUAACAUGGUGUAAACAGGUGUAGAAACAAAUUUGGAAUUUGCAUUUGCUAAUGAAGAGGACUUUGUGUAAAAUCUAGAUUCAAUAAUUUUAAAAGUUAAAUCUCACAAUGUCAGAUGAAGAAGUUAUUCGUCGUCGCUUAUUAAUCGACGGAGAUGGAACAGGAGAUGAUAGACGUUUAAACACAAUCCUGAAGACCAUAAUAAAAUGGACAAACUCUGACCUUAAUGAAGUUGAGAAUGAUAACACCUAUGAUCGUUUGCUAUGCCAAUUGAACCAAUGUGAAUAUUCUACAAAGAGAUCUACAGUUUUAGCAAAUACAAAUAAUCUGCAAUUGCAGAGGUAUAAACAGCUCCAAUCUGUGCUUGAAAUCAAGAUCAAUGAUGUUAAGGAAGGCAUAGAGCAUAGUAAAGUGAACCUUGAAGAUGCAAAGAUAUCAAAAAGGAAUCGCAUGCAAUAUGACUUAUUAGCACAAAGUAUUAAAGAGCAACCUGCAAGAAGUGACACAGAUAAGAGAUUAGCUGCCUUACAUGGAGAACUUAAUGAGCUGAAGGAAGAGAGCCAAAGCAUAGAUCAGAAACUGGAGAACAGAAGGAAACAAUUCUAUGUACUAGUGUCCAGUGCAAAUCAACUAAGAACAAUGGUAGAGGAGAUGAAAAAUGAGGAUGCAAUGAACACCUCUUUGGAUGAUAUCACAAAUAGCCCUGGUCCAGAGCCGAUGUCUGAAUAACAGCGUUUAUUUUAUUUUUAUAUUAAAUAAUGACAACCUCA